AUGAGCGUUGCACGGCCAGCGCGCAGUGCUCUCUGCACGCGCCGCAUCGCCCCGGCGAACGCAGCACCCACCGUCGCCGUCGCCGUUGCCAUCGCCACGACCACAACCACGACCACGACCUCCCGCCGAACAUUUCACAGCUCCGCCGCCGUCCGCGCCAAGAAGCGGCCGGCGCGGUUCCAAAACGUAAAAGCCGAGGAGCUCGGGCUGAUGAAGCCCGCCAAGAUGGCGCAGUUUCAGAAGGUGUACAUGCCCCCGUACACCGAGGAGCAGCUGGAGCGGCUGCGGAGCAAGUACACGCCCGCGCAGGUCGAGGCCAUACAGGCCGGCGAGGCGGCCAUUGACACCAAGGACAUGCUCAUUCAGGGCCGCAUACGCGACGACCCUUACCGGCCGACAUAUGUCGAGGACUACACGACGCUGGACCCGCGGUACGACGUGCUGCCCGAGGCGGCCGAGGGCGAAAGGGCUGCUCAGCCGCGCGAGCACAAGUGGCUCGAUGAGCAGGACUGGAUGGACCAGUUUUCGAAGCGGCUGUCGGAGCUGGCGGACCGCAAGACGGACACGCAGUUGACGCAGGCCAUGGCGCGCGCGCUGCGCAGGGUCAAGGACGCGCAGGGCGCCGACAUGAUUGACCUCACCGAGGAGGAGCUCGUCGAGCUCGAAAAGAACCCCGACAUGCUGCAAAAGUACCUCGUCGCCGACGAUGCCGAUGCCGACGCCGCAGCAGCAGCAGAGUCCUCCGCAGACGGGGCCAACAAAAAGAAGUCUGAGGCGCAGCUCACCGAGGCGCAGGUGCAGAAGCUCGACGAGGCCAUCGAGGCCGAGUGGAAGCUGGAGCUGCAGAAGCUCGUCGAAGAAUCCGGCGCCGACGCAGGCCCCUCGAGCAUCGAGAUGAUUGAGGACGGCCCUGCGGGGCUCACGCGCGCCGAGACGGCCGAAGCGCCCGAGCUUGGCCCCGUGCCCGGUGUCGCGGGCCGCUACAACCGCGGCGCGGACCCCGAGGACGCGGGCCAGGACGAGCUCGGCGAGUACCGCGAGAUCAAGCGCGUGACCGGCCUGCGCCUCGCCGAGAUCAAGUCCCUCUACUGCAAGAUUCUCGUCCUCCGCUACGUCAGCAACCAGACGCGUCUCGGCAAGAUUCGCUCCGCCAGCAUCGUCGCCAUUGCCGGCAACGGCGCCGGCCGUCUCGGCCUCGGCGUCGCAAAGAGUACGGACAAUGCGACGGCCGUGGUCACGGCGCAGAUGCUCGCUAUUCGCAACAUGAAGGCUGUGCGCCGCUACGAGAAUCGCACCAUUUACGGCAACGCGACGGCCAAGGUGGGCGCCACCGUUGUCGAGCUCUACAACCGACCUCCAGGCUUCGGUCUCCGCGUCCCUCAUCGCCUGUUUGAAAUGUGCCGCGCCGUCGGCCUCCACGAUCUCGCCGCCCGCAUGCCCCGCGCCAAGAACCCCAUGAACUCCGUCUUUGCCACCUACCAGGCCCUCAUGAACCAGGCCGACCCCGAGGAGAUUGCUCGCGGCCGCGGCAAGAAGCUCGCCGAUGCCCGCAAGGUCUACUACGGCGGCUCUGUACAUUAA